UCAAAUAUUGUAAAUAAAUAAAUAAAUCAGUCAGCCCUUUUCCCACGAUGUCGUUUUUUAAUCCUGAUAUUCCACUUAAAGAAAAAAUUGAAACACAUCACCCAUGGGAAAAAUAUAUAAAAGACGCUUACGCGAGCACUUAUAAAUAUGGCCAUAAUACUGCUAAGAACCCCGUGACUCAGUAUCCAGCUCCAAAGGAAGAAAAGAAGCCCAGUUUUAAUCGAACGAAAUUCACAAUUAUUGGAAACCGAACCACAAAGGAAUUCAUUUACUGUACAGAUGUAGUAAAAGGACUACACAAAUAUAGAUGGAAAUACUUUGAUGCUCCGAUUAUACAGGGUGUAACUGGCGUGGAAUGGCCAAGAGCAUGGAACGAGUUAAAAAUCAAAUAUGGCCACCCAGUUUAUUGCUUACUAUCUCAAGUUGCUGUCCUAAUGAAUGACCAAUUUCUCGGAGGAGCGAAAGAGUUGAAGGAUUUAGUUGAAUCAAAAUAUGUGUAUAACUUGCAACCGGAUUAUUAUCGAGAAGCUGUUACACAGUUUUCUAGCUAUAUAAAGUCGUCUGGAAGACCAUGUGCUUACUUGCAAAUUUCUAUUGACGAAGAAGAAAUUGGAACCUUGAUUUUUAUGCUGUAUGCUGAUAUAGUACCUCGAACUUGUGAAAAUUUUCUUCGUCUCUGUAAGGAGACAAAAGGUGGCUACUCAGGAACUCCUAUUCAUCGCAUUGUUAAAGACAGCUGGAUCCAAUGCGGAGGAUUUGGUCUUAAAGAUUCUGGUUUAGAUUGUGAAAACUUUAUUGUCACUCAUGAUAAGCGAGGAGUUCUCGGCAUGGCUAAUGAUGGCAGACAUGUUGACUGCUCAACCCAAUUUUUCGUUCUAUUACAACCACAACCGUGGAUGGCUCAUAAAUAUGUGGCGUUUGGACAACUUAUCGAUGGUGAAGAAACGCUGAAAAAGAUAGAAAAUGUCCCCGAGUAUUACGAGUCUCCGAAACAGAGUAUUAUCAUCUACAAGGCUGGCAUUUUAAAUAUGGACUGCCAUGAUAUUAUGAUCAAUAGAGGAGCCAACAAAUAUAUAGAAGGUCAUGUUGACAAUCUGGUAGAACUAGGAGAACUUUUUUACGAGGCAUUGCUGGAGAAAGUAUUUUUGGAGGCAGACUUUAGGAACUUAGAACGUCUGCAAGCAGAAGUAGGAGGGGAAGAUGCUACUCCUGAAGAUGCUACCAGAAACGUGCAUGCGACUCAACGGUUCAUGAAAAAAAAAGAAGAUAUACAAAAGCAAAUAGAAAAAAGUCAGGCCAGCGGAAGAGCUACGCCAGCUGCUGAAAACAACGAUUUUGCUGUUGAAGAAUAUGAGUAUGAGCCCGAAGAAUAUUCCUAUAAGCAGACGACAGCACCAGCGAGCAGUGUUGUCAAGCCUGAAAAACCAUUUUAUAUUCCUUUGACAGACGUGCCAUAUCCUGGAGAAGUUGACUCGACGUUCGAUCUCAAGAAACUGCUCCAGGGAGACUAUUGCCUUGAAAUGGACUUAGACAAAGAAUUGAGAAGAGGAAAAAAAAAGCCAGCCGAAGAAAAAAGACUAUCAGUCCCAUCGGAAAUUUUUCAAGCGUUAUUUGAAGGCGGUUCUUCAGAAUCUUCCUCUCAACAAAGUUUAGAUUCUGAGGAAGAGAGAGAAAUCAAGAAAUACCUACAAUCUAAUGCUGAUCGCGUCAGUUUUGCUGGCGGCACCGUGAAGGCGGUAGCAAAAAGUGGCAAAUUUAACUUAUUUGAGAAUCAAAAAGGGUCUGAUAUGAUUACUGAUGAAGUGCUGCGAAAAUACAGAAUUGCUGAAGAAGAAUACAAGGCUCAUCGUGAUAAAAAAGUAUCGAUCAGCUUACCCACUGCGCCGGACACGCACAGAGAAAUAAAAAGACGUCAAACUGGGUUUGUUCGUCCGGAAGAUUUGGCUAGAAUACGCCAAUUCCAAAAGGAAGCUGCUGAUGAUGACGAUGAUGAUGAAGAUGACGAAGAUGAUGACGAUUACCGCCCUUUCACUAGACAAGUAGCAAUCCAACCCGGCAAGGAUAAAACGGCCCAAAAAAAAGAGGUUAAACGCCGCCAGACUGGUUUCGUUCGCCCGGCCGAUUUAGAAAAAUUACACAUUUUUGCCAAAGCAACCUCCGAUGAGGACGUGGAUGACGAAGAACCGAAAAAAACGGAAAUGAGGGUUUCUAUUUUGGAGGAAGAUGAUGACUCUCAAGCCGAGCGGCCUUCCGUGCUCGCCCGCCUUUAUGAUGAAGCGGGCACGGACGAUCUAGAAGGCCCCACCUUGAAAUCCAUGAGCACAAGACGACUAACCGAUGUCAAGGAUCCGAAUAUGUUCCUUACAUUUUCACCGACCAAACACCUCCAAUCAACGACCACUUCGCGCGAAAUGUACAGACGCCGGUCAUUUUCCUUAGAAAACUUACCACAAAGAUCCAUCGACCAAGUUCUGCUAUUACAACACGGACAAAGCGUCUACCGCAAGAUAUCUUCCGACUACGUUAGGACUAUCGAUCACAUCGAACAAAAGGAAGCAAACUCUAUAAGGAGUGUGGAAUACGCAAGAAAACGACCUGCAUUGUCAGUUCAAGAGUACCAAAGGAGGAAUAGGGAAUAUCAGGAGCGAUUGUCCAGAGUGAGUGCUGACGAGAAAAGAAAAAUCGAACCAACGACGGCCCAGGAUGCAACUACAUCUUACAAUGGUCUGCGGCUGCCGGGUGACUCGCCACUUUAUAUUUCUAAUAUAGAAUUACCGAAUUUUGAGUUUGCGUAAAAAAGACGAGAACUUUAUUUAUCAAUCCUCACAUCGUGCUAAAUUCACCGACUUAGCUCCUUCGUCACAACUAGAACGAGGAGUUCCAAUAAAGCCAGCUGAUAAACCCAGAAGACUGGAGAUUUUCAGGUAUUUUCUAUACG